AUGGGAGCCAAAGUCAUGGGAGUAUCAGAAGUUGACGAAUUUUUAAACGGCCCAUUAGUUACUUGGUUUAAAAGCAAUUUUGAAUCAUUUGCUGAUGAAAAACUUACUUACGAGGAUUUAGUGGAUGGUGUUUUAAUUCACGAUGCUUUUCUUCGAAUGGAUUUGCAUGUUCAGAAUAGCGAUAUAUCAGCGUCGGGCAAUGAUGCUUCAAUUCGACUACACAACCUUACGCAAAUUCUGGGCAAUGUUCGAUUAUUCUAUGAGGAAGAGCUUGGUCACGUAAUUUUACGUCUUCCCGAUAUUCCUCAUCUUGCAAAAAACCCUCGUCUCCACGUGCAGGGAGCUAAGCUUCUGCUUUGUCUGUUGCUUGGCUGCGCCGUUCAAUGUCCUAACAAUGAGCAUUUCAUCAGCAAAAUCCAGCAACUGGAUGAGGCGACUCAAGUUGCGAUUGCUGAUUGUAUUGCUCAAGUGGUGCAUGUACCGGACAUCGUAUUGAGUAUAGACAUGUUAAGGUCCAGCGGAGCCAAAGAUCAUGAUUUAAACGACAUGGAUAAUGUUCAAAGGGCCUUUGAGAACGUGCGUAUGAUUUAUCGGGAACGAAAUUUGUAUCGAGAUAAGUUGUGCAAUGCUGUACGUCUUGCUCGUCAUAACGAGAUCGGCACUACCUACCAAGACAUCUCCAUGAUACUCGAGGAGGAUGAACUAAAUAGCCUUCAAGAGCUGCUCAACUACUCAGCGAGAUCCGAUCGCGAGGAAACCCAGAAACGAGAAGGCGAGCUUCUUGAAUGGAAAUCUAAAGUCAGAGCACAAAGAGAAGAGCUCAAGGAGAAGGUCGAUGAUCUUCAAGAGUGUAAGGAUGAGCUACAGGACUGCAAGUUUCAACUUUCCAAAUUAAUGAAGGAGAAUGAGAGACUAGUAUCAGAGGCUAGAAAUGCAAAGUCUUAUCGUGAUGAAUUGGAUGCUGCGAGCGAGAAAAUUGAAAAGGUCGAUCGACUCGAACAGGAAAUUGUACGGUAUAAGGAAAAAUUGUCAUGCAUCGAUUAUUAUAAGACUCGGUUAGAAGAAAUACAACAGCACAAUCGACUUCUCCUCGAGAACAAGGAAGUGUUAAUGGAACAAGUGAACUCCUACAAGGCUAAGGCCGACAAAGUUUUAGAUCUUGAUCAACAAAUGUUUAAACUUAAACAGCAGUUGAACGAUUUGUUAUUGGAAAACGCGGCUAAUAAGGAAAAAUAUCAAGAAAUAUGCGAAGAAAAAAAUCAAUUAGAACGUUUUGUGAAAGAAAACACAAAAGAAGUCUUUGAAAAUGGUUUCAUUUUAGACUCUGAGGAUUUCUCACUUUGCUUAGAUAACAGUCUAUCCGAACAAUUGACUACUAGUGCACAAUCGGAAACUUUGAAACUCGAACUUGAAAAUCGACGACUCUCGACGCUUGUUGAUUCAUUAAAGGAAAAUUCUUUUUACGAGAAUUCUUUAAAGGUUUUAGAUCUUGAAAAGGAAAAGAAGAAGCUUUCCCUGACCGUUGAUGCUCUGAAAGAAGAUUUGAGAAAAUUAUCUCAAAAACAUGAGGAAUUUGAAGGCGACUGUAAAAAAAUGGAUGAGAUAGAUAGUACUGAGCAACAAAAUUUGCUCGAUUUACAAUUAAAAUAUGAAAAUUUAGAGAAAAACUAUGCUAUCGUCGUGAGAGAAAAGAAACGAUUGCAAGCUUUGUUGGAAAUUAAGCAGAAACGAUCGAUGGAUUGCCCGCGUAGUGCAAUUGAUGUAGAUCAGAGACUAAACGAACAGAAGGUUAUGAAAGAUGUCGUAAAUGAGACCAAAAUUAAACAAAAAGACUUAGAAUCAAAAGUCAUUGCACUGGAGACAGAAAAGAAUAUUGCUUUAAUCGAAUUGGAAAAACAACGUAAAUUAGUACAGGACAAAUCAAUUAUACUCGACAAUGCUUCGAAGGUAAUUCAAAAUCUUGAAAAGAAACUGAAAAUACUAGAAGCACAAGUGGAUGAAUCUGCUUUGGAGAUAACUAACUCUAAGAAUAUUAUAGAUUUAAUUGACAACAAUUCGUACAAUACAAUAAAGUUUAACAAGUCACCAAAUAAAACAAAAAAAGAUGAUAAAGUAUCAAAUUUUAUGAAAGAUGGUAAAGAAAAGGUAAGAUUUCAAGAUUAUAUUGAUUCUGUUGAUGUGGAAAAUCAAAAAACUAUUUUUAAAUUUGUCAACGGCCAAUUAAUUGCUGAAAAUGAAAUUAUUCAAAAAUCCCGAGAGAAGAACGAUUUUAAUCAAGAGAUUAAUGAUCAACUGAAUAGCGAUUAUCAGAGAGUAGCGCAAGAAAGAAAUUUGUUGAGAAAUCAAUUAAAAGAUGCAAAAAUAAAACUUCGAUUUUACAAUCAAUCCAUUGAAAAUCUUGAAUCCACGUGUAAAUAUUUAGAAGAAGAGUGCAACAUUUUAAAAUCCAAUAAAAUAGAGCAUACUGAAUUGAAAGAGGAUUUUAGUAAGUUGUAUCAAGCAAAUAUUUCUGUAACCGCCGAAUAUCGUAAAAUAAAAUCCGAAUUUACGAAGAUUGCAACGAAUUACACAAAUUACCAAAGUAAGCUUGAUUCAAAAAAUGAAAAGAUAGUUGAUCUUGAACAGCAGAUCGUCAAACUUAAUCAUCGUAUAGAUGUAUUGAUGCAAAUCAAUGAAAGUUUGGACAAAGAUAAAAGAUCUUUGAUGGAUAAUGUUUCUCACUUAUUGGAGCAAAAUCAUGAAUUAAUCAAACAGUCGUUAGAGGAUAAGGAGCAUUAUCACAUGGAGGAGCGUAAAAAUAACGACAAAGUAAUUAACCUUAAUAGGCAGAAGGAAAAGCUCGAAGAAAAGAUUAUGGACCACUAUAGAAGAUUAGAAAGUUGUCCUGCAAGGAAAAAAAAUUCAGGCACUAGUAUUGUGAAGAGUACUUUCGUUAAAGUUCGUAGAGUAGGGUCCGAAUUAUUUAAUAGGAGUAGACGAUCUUGGGCCGAAGAGAUUUCCCCUGCAGUGGAGAGAUCAUUUGAUUUUGAGUAUACGAAAGGAGAAGGAUCUGAUUUAAGUUUAGAAUUUGCAUUCAAUGAUGAACAAGUUCACGAACUCACCCACGGGGCCACACGUCCCAUAUUGGAGUGUGAGCAUAUUUCUGCUAUUCGUUACAACAUUAGCAGAGACCACGACAUCGUCACCAUCAAGGUGCAACCACAUCAUUGA